CCCGCCAAUAGUUUUUAGGUUGUGUUUACAAUAUUUUGAAUUUAGAAAAAGAUGUUUGGCGAAAAGGCUUGCGAUUUAAUUAAAGAACUUUCAAGAGCAGAAGAUAAUUUACCAGCUUAUAAUACUGAUUUAGUAACAGAGGUUGGAAACGAAAUUAAAGUGUUGAUAGAAAAAAAUCAGGAAGACGCCCAAAUUUCUGAAGACAGUAGAGCAUCAGAUGGAUUAUCGUACAUUUCUACAGUAAAAAUCAGACAUGCUGCAGUUAAGAGAAAUUUCCGAUGUUUGUUAGCUUAUCAUUAUAACAGAUUGAAAUGUAUUCGAACUAUGAGAUGGGAAUUUGGCAGUAUUUUACCAGCUGAUAUUAAAGUAAACAUGAGUGCAACUGAAUCGGAAUGGUUUACAAAAUAUUCCAGAUUAAUGACUCAAUAUAUGAGGUCUGUUGGCGAGGAAGGCGUAAAUUUAUGGGUAGAUCUAAAACCCCCAAAAGCUCUUUAUAUUGAAGUAAGAUGUUUAGUGGAUUAUGGAAAGUUUGAACUAAAUGAUGGAUCUGUUAUAUUUUUGAAAAAACAUAGCAGACAUUACCUACCUAGGAGUGAAUGUGAGGAACUAAUAAGGCAAGGUGUAUUUUACCACAUAAAUUAAGUUUGAUGUAAAAAUGUAUUUAAUAAUUUAACAAAGUAUUUAAUUGUGA